AUUGGAUUGUUUGGGCCUAUUCCUUGUACGCUUCCUUGGAAGAGUAAACAUGGUGUUUCCUCUGCUUAGAAUUUGAAGUUUCAGAACCUUAGGGCCAAGUCCACACCUUUCCGGAGCCCCUGGAGCUUGAACAACCGUCGACGAUGGCCUCCGCCGCCAUCGGAACUUCACGCCCUUUCACUGUCUUGCUCUUUGUGAUCAUCAACUUACUUUCCAGCACCAUCCUCGGCGGAGGCGGCGGCGUCGCCGUCGGCGUCUAUGCUGAUAAUGGCGUGUUCAGCGUCAAAUACAAGUAUGCCGGACGGGAACGUUCUCUUAGUACUCUUAAGGCGCACGACAUCAACCGUCAGCUUCGAUUUCUUGCCGGCGUCGAUAUUCCCCUCGGUGGCUCUGGCCGGCCUGAUGCCGUCGGACUUUACUAUGCCAAAAUUGGAAUCGGGACUCCUCCCAAGAACUAUUAUGUUCAAGUGGAUACAGGGAGUGACAUUGUGUGGGUGAAUUGUAUUCAGUGUAAGGAGUGUCCGAGGAGAAGCUCUCUGGGGAUGGAACUCACUACGUAUGAUUUGGAGCAAUCCACUACUGGAAAAUUGGUUUCUUGUGAUGAACAAUUUUGCUUGGAGGUGAAUGGGGGUCCACUCUCAGGCUGCACUGCUAAUAUGUCCUGUCCAUAUCUUCAGAUAUAUGGUGAUGGGAGCUCGACUGCUGGAAUCUUUGUCAAGGACUAUGUUCAAUAUGAUCGGGUUUCUGGAGACCUUGAGACUACAGCUGCUAAUGGAAGUAUCAAGUUUGGAUGUGGUGCUAGACAAUCUGGGGAUUUAGGUUCGUCCGGUGAAGAAGCACUUGAUGGGAUACUUGGUUUCGGAAAAUCAAAUUCAUCUAUUAUUUCACAACUAGCCUCUUCAAGAAAAGUGAAGAAGAUGUUUGCUCAUUGCCUAGACGGAAUAAAUGGGGGUGGUAUCUUUGCGAUGGGACAUGUUGUGCAGCCAAAAGUUAUCAUGACUCCGUUGGUACCAAAUCAGCCACAUUACAAUGUUAAUAUGACGGGAGUACAAGUUGGUCGUGUCAUGUUAAAUAUUUCUGCUGAUGUAUUUGAGGCGGGAGACAGAAAAGGGACGAUCAUUGAUAGUGGCACAACUUUGGCAUAUCUUCCAGAAUUGAUUUACGAGCCAUUAGUGACCAUGAUACUCUCACGGCAACACAAUUUGGAAGUUCAAUCCAUUCAUGGAGAAUAUAAAUGUUUUCAGUACUCAAGAAGUGUCGAUGAUGGAUUUCCUCCAGUUACUUUCCAUUUCGAGAAUUCACUCUUGUUGAAGGUUUAUCCUCAUGAAUAUCUAUUCCAACAUGAGGGCUUGUGGUGUAUUGGUUGGCAAAACAGUGGGAUGCAAUCUAGGGAUAGGAAGAACGUUACCCUCUUUGGAGAUUUAGUGCUUUCAAAUAAGCUAGUUUUAUACGAUCUCGAGAACCAGACAAUCGGGUGGACCGAAUACAACUGUUCUUCAAGCAUCAAAGUGCAAGAUGAACAAACCGGAACAGUUCAUUUAGUUGGUUCACAUUACAUUUCUUCAGCGUACAGAUUGAAUACCAAAUGGGCUGUGAUCUUGCUAUUCCUAAUCUUGGUGAUGCACUGGUCAGCUCAUUUCAGAUGCCUCAGCUAACACAAAAUCCCAACAGCAGGCCCUACAGGUAAUAUUUUUAGAGCAGACAGAAUCAAGUAUAGAGAAUUCCUUAAAAUGUUGAACUCAUCUCAGUUGUGUAUAAUGAAGAGAGAGAAAAAGAAAAGGAAAGAGAGAGAAUUUCUCUUUCAAAGUUGCUCAUCCAGGGGAGAUUAUGAAACCUAUCAUCUCUGAUUCAUUUGUGUUUAGAUUUGUAGAAUUGAGUUGGCUAUGUCUGCAAAAAGAUUCGCAGACCUUCUUCAGCAGUAUAGUUUCUGGUAGUCAAAAUAGGAGGGCAGGUUGCUUUGUGGUGAACCCCAAGGGUAAAAAUGUCAGAAACAUUUAUUCUACUUGGAGGCGUUGCUCAUAUUGCUCUCAAAUUUCCAUGUUUGAGAAGCUUUUUUUU